AGUGAUUCCGAAAAGAACUUCCGGUGAAAACAAAUCGGCAUGAUCAGCAUCAUUUGUUUAAAAAAUUGAAUCAUGAAGAUAAAUGUAGAUGGCUUGCUUGUUCUCUUCCCUUAUGACUACAUCUACCCAGAGCAGUAUAUGUACAUGGUAGAGCUAAAAAGAACACUAGAUGCAAAGGGACACUGUGCAUUGGAGAUGCCCUCGGGUACAGGGAAGACAGUAUCACUUCUAUCUCUUAUUGUUGCUUAUAUGCAGGCCAACCCCUUAGAAGUAACAAAGUUGAUAUAUUGUUCUAGAACAGUGUCUGAGUUAGAGAAGGUUGUUGAAGAAUUAAAGAACUUGGUCAAGUUUUAUGAAGAAUCCAAAGAGAAACUACAAAUUGUGGGAUUAGCUCUAAGCUCCAGGAAAAAUCUGUGUAUUCAUCCUGAGGUUAGCCAGGAAAGAGAAGGAAAAAGUAUGGAUGGACUUUGUCAUAAAAUGACGUCAUCUUUCAUCAGAGUCAAACGCAAGAGUGAUCCUACAGUUCCAGUUUGUGAUUUCUACGAAAAAUUUGAUAAGGUUGGAAGACAAACUCCUCUACCAACAGGAAUAUAUGGUUUAGAUGAAUUAAAAGAUUAUGGAAAAGAUCGAGGAUUUUGCCCUUAUUUCUUAGCCAGAUAUGCUAUAAAUCAUGCCAAUAUAGUUGUGUACAGUUAUUAUUAUUUAUUAGAUCCUAAAAUCUCAGAACUUGUUUCCAGUGAACUUUCUAAAAAAGCUGUAGUUGUAUUUGAUGAGGCUCACAACAUAGAUAAUGUAUGUAUAGAAUCUAUGAGUGUAAAAAUCUCCAAACGGACGCUUGAAAAAUGUCAACAGAAUCUAGAAAAACUAAGUGAACAUAUUAAAAGAAUAAAAGAAUCAAAUGCUGAAAGAUUAAAUGAUGAAUAUUUGAAACUGGUACAAGGACUUAGGGAUAAAAAUUUAGCCAGGGAAACUGACCAAGUACUUGCUAAUCCAGUUUUACCAGAUGAAGUACUUCAAGAGAAUGUACCUGGUAAUAUAAGAACAGCGGAACAUUUUGCAGCAUUUAUGAAAAGAUUUUUAGAAUAUUUAAAAAUUAGAUUUAGAGUACAACAUGUGGUGUCAGAAAGUCCUCCAUCCUUCCUCAAAGACUGUGUUCAAAAAGUCUGCAUUGAAAGAAAACCUUUAAGAUUUUGUGCAGAAAGAUUGAGUUCAUUAAUGAGGACACUAGAAUUAACAGAUAUUCAUGACUUUUCAGCACUCACACUCAUAUCAAACUUUGCCACACUAGUCAGUACAUAUACAAAAGGUUUUGUCAUAAUUAUUGAACCCUUUGACGACAGAACUCCAACUAUAUCUAACCCUGUGCUACACUUCAGUUGUAUGGAUGCUUCUAUUGCUAUAAAACCUGUCUUUAAUAGAUUCCAGUCAGUUGUCAUCACAUCGGGGACACUCUCACCUUUAGACAUGUAUCCUAAGAUAUUAGAUUUUAGACCAGUAACCAUGGCAACCUUCACAAUGACCUUGGCAAGGACAUGUUUAUGCCCAAUGAUUAUAAGCAAAGGUAAUGACCAGGUUGCCAUGACAUCCAGAUUUGAUUCCAGGGAAGAUGUAGCUGUAGUACGUAACUAUGGUAACCUGUUAGUAGAGAUGGCCACCAUUGUUCCAGAUGGAGUAGUUUGUUUCUUUACAAGUUAUGUUUAUAUGGAAACGACAAUUGCUAGUUGGUACGAACAGGGUAUAAUAGACCAAAUACUGAAGCAUAAAUUAUUGUUCAUUGAGACACAAGAUGGUGCAGAAACAACACUGGCUUUGUAUAAUUAUCAGAAGGCAUGUGAGAAUGGCAGAGGGGCUGUGCUGUUGUCAGUUGCAAGAGGGAAAGUGUCAGAGGGAAUAGAUUUUGAUCACCACUUUGGGAGAGCGGUACUCAUGUUGGGUAUACCAUAUGUUUAUACACAGAGCAGGAUAUUGAAGGCUCGACUAGAGUACCUAAGAGACCAGUUCCAGAUCAGAGAGAAUGAUUUUCUUACAUUUGAUGCCAUGAGACAUGCAGCCCAGUGUGUAGGGAGAGCUAUCAGGGGGAAAACAGACUAUGGUAUCAUGGCAUUUGCUGAUAAGAGAUUUGCCAGAGCAGAUAAACGAGGUAAACUUCCAAGAUGGAUACAGGAACAUCUUAAAGACGAACUAUGUAAUCUCUCUGUAGAUGAGGCUAUACAAGUGUCCAAGAGGUUUCUGAGGAGGAUGGCACAACCAUUUACAAGGGAAGAUCAGUUAGGACUUUCAUUACUUACAGUAGAACAACUACAGUCUGAGGAAACAAAGAAAAAAUUAGAACAAAAAAUGCAGUAUGUCUGAGAUCUAAGGAGAAUCAAUAACAAUGUCUUGAAGAUGGACAAAGGAUAGGAAAUCUUGGAAUUUUGUAUACAUAAUUGUGACUAUUGUAUGACACUAGAAUUACAAGUUGCCUUGACUAUGACUGUCAAGAUUUUGGGAAUUGAAGAAAAAAUAAAAUUACCUCUAUUUUUGAAAUAAAAGUUUUUUGUAUUA